AUGUCGAACGAUCUGUUCGGAUCCGACGACGACCUGGACCUCCUAAACGCGGUGGAGAACGUCGAGCGAAGAGUAUCGCACUCGAGCGCGAGUAAACGCGCGCGCGACGGAGACGACGCGGUUAAAAAACAAAAGAUUGUCAAACGCGAUGCGUCGAACGACGUCCUCGGAACGCUGAGCGCGCGAUUGGGUCUACACGCGUUCCGAGACGGCCAACGUGAGGUCAUUGACGCCGCGUUGAGUGGACGGGACGCGUGCGUGUACUGGAGCACGGGAAGCGGGAAAUCUCUGCCGUACCAGAUGGUUGCGUUUCACUCUGGGAAGACGGUUGUGGUGAUAUCGCCGUUGAUCUCGUUGAUGCAGGAUCAGGUGACGGCGUUGAAUAAUACGGCUGGACGGGCGGAUGGUAGAGACGUCGCGGUGUUUCUCGGGAGCGCGCAGAUGGAUCCGGGAGCGGACAUGCGCGCGUUGAAUGGCGAAUAUGAAAUCGUGUACGCGACGCCGGAGAAGUUGACGGCGAGCGACGCUUUCUUGAACGGUUUGAAACGAAUGGUGGCUGAGGAUCGCUUGGCACUCAUCGCCAUCGACGAAGCGCACUGCAUAUCUUCCUGGGGGCACGAUUUCAGACCAAGUUACGCACAGUUGAACAUCUUACGGGAUGCGCUGCCUAGCGUGCCAAUCAUGGCUUUGACUGCGACGGCCGUCAAGUUCGUGCGACAAGAUAUUGCGAAGAUUUUGCGCUUGCGUGAUCCCUUCGUCAGUGAGAACUCUGUCGAUCGUCCGAACUUGCGCAUUAGUGUUGUGCGUCGAACGGAUUUCGGACGUGAUUUGGACCACGUCGUGGCACGCAUAGGAAAGGGACAGCCAAGGCCGUCCAUCGUGUACUGUGCCACCAUCAAGGAAGUCGUCCAAGUCACUGGUGCGCUGCAAAAUCGACUCGGAUCUUCUUUUGUGCAGAUGUACCAUGGAUCACUGAGCCCAGAAGAUAGGAAGAACGCGCACAUGGACUUUCUGACGAGUCGCUCGCCCGUCAUCGUCGCAACGACAGCUUUCGGCAUGGGUAUUGACAAGCCAGACGUACGCUACAUUUGUCACUGGGGCGCACCAAAGACCAUGGAGGAGUACUAUCAGCAAAUCGGGAGAGCUGGUCGCGAUGGUCUUCUCAGUCAAGUUGACCUGCUCUUCGCGGAUAAUGAUUUUACAAAGUAUGGGAGUGACUUUUACGUGCGCGACCUCACAGCUGCGGCGAAGGAGACGCAACUGGCGAGCACGAAUGCGCUGAAACGAUACUCGCUCGAUAGAGAACAUUGCCGACGAGUUAUGAUUCUGGAGCAUUUCGGUGAAGAAGCGACGUUCAGUCGAUGUAGCGGUGGCAAGUGUGACAACUGCGAGCGCAUAGAAGCCGGUGGAGAUGAGAAUCUCCAUCGAAACUUUGCAAAGGAGUGCCGACCGCUUUUGCUCGCGUUGCGUUUUGGCGGAAGUCAACCGAUAUCACGUUUAAUUGGUACCAUCAUGGGCGGGUCAGGUGGCGCUGAAUUGCACCCUUCGCAACGAGAUGCGAUCGACAAAGCGAGAGCUGCCGACGGUUUACAACCGGGAUGCACGUCCAAGGAUUUCUACAAGGAGCUCGUAUCCUUGCUUUCACAAAUGGGCGUCGUGCACGAGCGAAUCGUGAACGGGGCGCACGCGAGAUAUCCGGUCUAUGCGUUCAAAGCUGAAAGUCAGAAGUUUCUUGAUGGAGGUCUGAAACCGCCUCCACUGAUGUUUCUCGCACCGGAAUCUGUCAUUGCCGCCGAACGCGCGCUGACGUCCAAGAUUGCGAAGGUGAAGACGACGUUAAUCGAGGGUGGCGUCGACGUGUCGAAUAUCCCUUCGCACGAACUCGCGGCCGGUCACGGCGAAAUGAUCGACGCCGAGCUCGAGUGGUUGCGGCGCUUGGAGGUUUAUCGCGGUACGCCAAGGGCGGAUGCUCUCGCGGACUUACUGGCAAAGAUCGAGACGUGGAGAGACGACAGAGCGCAAGCGCUCGGAAUGGCGCCCGCCUCCGUGCUCAGCGCGCACAUGUGCAAAAAGAUUGCGUACUCACAACCACGUUCUGUCGAGGCCUUGCGAGCGGUCGGUGUUCGCGUCACAGGCGUCGAGACACUCAGCGAACUCAUCAAUGCUGCGUUGCCGCAACUCGAAGAACCCGCCGGUGCCGUCGGUGGCGAAGACGCGCUCUUGCUUGGAGUUAUCACUCCGCAAAAGUGGGAGCUGGCGGAGUACAAACCCAAAAAAGGUCCAGGGGGUACUAUGGCGAAGCCAAAUUGGGAAGUCUCGUAUGAGCGGUUCGCCAACGGAGAGCACGUGGAGACCAUCGCGAUGACGACGCAACCAAAGGCGAUUCAGAACGCGACCGUCUUCAAUCACCUCCUUGAGGCGCUGGCGCACGGUAAAACGCUGGAUUUUGAUCGUGCUGUCUCGAACAUGCCUUCCGCUCAUCGCUUGACGCGCACCGACUGUGAGACGUUCUCACAGACCGCCCGCGCGUUGCGCCUAGAUCCUCGAACGGACCGCGCGCCGCCCGCGCGCGCCCUGCUCGACGGCCUCAUUCGCGACGCCGCCGACAAAUCAGACGCUGAGAAAUCACGAGACGCGUGUUGGUUCGCCAAGGUUCGCACCUGGAUCGCACUCCGUCGCGUCAACGCCGUGUGA